AUGAAUUACCUGCGUCGUCGGCUGUCGGACAGCAAUUUUAUGUCCAAUUUGCCCAAUGGGUACAUGACUGACCUACAACGCCCUGACCCGCCUCAGCAAGACCCUGCAAUAGUGUCGCCUGGACCACCAGAGAGGCGUAUGUCUACCAACCAGCAUUCUGAGGGCUCUGGAAGCGGAGCCGGAGCUGGCUUUUUAUCCUCAUUUACUAAAGCUGUCAAACAAACCACUGCCGCUGUCGCUGAGAAAGUCACCGAGGUAGCAGGCGUUGCCUCUGGUGCCAAGAUACUCCUGGUUAUUGAUGACCAACAGACAGACUGGGUAAAGGUCUUCAAAGGUAAAAAGGUUCAUGGUGAAUUCGACAUUAAGGUGGAACAGGCUGACUUCUCUGAAAUCAACUUGAUAGCUCAUGCUACGGGGGCCUAUAGUGUUGAUAUAGAAGCAAUCCGGAAUGAAACCAAGGUCACCAAAUGUUUCAGGCCUGACUUUGUGCUGGUUAGACAGCAUGCCUUCAGUAUGGCUAAGAAUGGAGACCACCGACACAUAGUGAUUGGGUUGCAGUAUGCUGGUCUCCCAGGUGUAAACUCUCUGCACUCUGUCUACAACUUCUGUGACAAGCCAUGGGUGUUUGCUAAUAUGGUGAGAUUGUACAAACAACUGGGACCAGAGGAAUUCCCACUGAUCGAGCAGGUUUACUAUCCCAACCACAGGGAAAUGAUCACCACUCCUGGUUUCCCUGUGGUGGUGAAAAUGGGCCACGCCCACUCAGGGAUGGGGAAGGUGAAAGUGGACAAUCAAUAUGACUUCCAAGAUAUUGCCAGUGUUGUUGCCCUGACCAAGACCUAUGCCACAUCUGAACCUUUCAUCGAUGCAAAGUACGAUGUCCGCAUCCAGAAGAUCGGAGACAAUUACAAGGCCUACAUGCGGACAUCGAUUUCAGGGAACUGGAAAACCAACACUGGUUCAGCCAUGCUGGAGCAGAUAGCCAUGUCAGACAGGUAUCGAAUGUGGGUGGACUCCUGCUCUGAGGUGUUUGGUGGUUUGGAUAUGUGUGCUGUGGAGGCUCUGCAUGGGAAAGAUGGCAAGGAUUACAUCAUAGAGGUGGUGGGCUGCUCCAUGCCCCUGAUUGGAGACCAGCAGGAUGAAGACCGUGCACAAAUUGCAGAAUUGGUCGUCUCCAAAAUUAACCAGACAGUCCCACACAUUGCAAGUCCCUCUCCUGUCCGCCCCACAGCUAAAGCUGCAUCCCCUCAGCCCAUCUCACAACCCAAAGUGCCACAGGCUCAGCAACGCCCUCCUCCCCAAGGUGGCCCACAACAAGCCCCCACCAGCACUACCGCCCCUCGCCAAGGCUCCCCCUCCCAGCAGCGCCCCUCACCCCAAGGCCAGCCCCCUGCCCAAAGCUCCAACACCCAGAACCCCUCUGCCCAGGCACCACAGCAGGCCAGACAGGCCAACCCAGGAGCUGGGGCCCAGCAGCGUCCCCCAGGGCAGGGGCAGAAACACUCCUCUGGUCAGGGCUCCCCCCAGAGAUCCAUGAGCCAGGGGGGCUCCCCCCAGAGCCAGAGGCCACAGCAGUCAGGUCCCCAGCAGCAGCAGCAGAGACCCCCCCCUGGAGGCCCGGGCCAGAAGCCCACAGGGGGCCAGCCCCAGCAGAGGCCCCAGCAGAAGCCAGGUCAGCCCGCCAGGCAACAGUCCCAGGGAGGCAGUCCCCAGGUCCCACAGCAGCAGAGGGCUCCAGCCCAGCAAGGUCGCCCCGGGGCCCCUACCACUCAGCAGCCCCGCCCUAGUGCCCAGGGCCAGGGAGGCCCCGGUGGGAAACCCCCUCUGCAGCAGAAACCCCAGCCCCCACUGAAGCCCAGCCAUGACCACCCUGCUAUGGGAGCCACCCCUCCACUGAACAAGUCCCAGUCUCUUACCAAUGCCUUCAACAUUCCAGAAACACCAGCCCCGCAGGCCAGCCUUAGCCAGGAUGAGGUGAAGGCUGAGACCAUACGCAACCUACGCAAAUCUUUUGCCAGUCUCUUUUCAGACUGA